CCCAGCGGUCACUGGAUGAGAGGCCGACUGUUGCUGCUGACUCUUGGCUGCCAUGCUGAGAUAAAGGCGGCUCGGUGCCAAUCAGAACCUGUUAGUCUCCCUUCUUACCCACACAAAGCUCCAUCUGAAGGACUCCGGCUGCCCAGAGGCCUAAUUAAAACCUGGAAGGGGGCUCUCUGUCCCUCUCCCAGCCUCCUUCCCCUCUCUCUCUCUCUUCCUCCCUCUUUCUCUCUGCCUUUGUCGCCCGCCCACCAGUUGAUUCCAGCUCAGUGUCAGGAGGCGACGGGAGAGAAGGCCAAAGCAGACUUUUUCUCACCAAGCGUUGCUGCUUUUCCUGCUGCACCUUCCAGUCUCACCAUCACCAUGCUGCGCUUGACCUCGUCUCGCCUGGGAAGUCUUCUGGCCGGCCGUCCCACAGCAGCCCUGACCUUCAGCAUCAAGGGCAGGGCGGCGAGCCAACAGAGUCAUGAGGUGUCAGAGGCAGUGGACAUGUCUCGGUCGAUGUACUACGACCGCGUGGACAUGCCUCUGCCUGACAAGCCCUAUAAGGACGUGUUGAGUGAAGCUGAACAGAAGCUGAAGCAGAAGGAGAAAGGACCCUGGAGUCAGCUGACCAAUGAGGAGAAGGUCGCCUGUAAGUCCCGCCCACUUCUUAAUCUGAAAGUGUACCGUCUCAAGUUCUGCCAGAGCUACGCCGAGAUGAGGGCUCCCUCAGGAGAGUGGAAGACUGUGUUGGGUGGAAUGCUCUUCUUUCUGGGCUUCACAGGUCUGGUGGUCUGGUGGCAGAGGAUUUACGUCUACCCUCCCAACCCCAGGACACUGGAGGAUGACUGGAAGGCCAUGCAGCUCCAGAGAAUGCUGGACAUGAGGAUCAACCCUGUGGAGGGAGUAUCCGCCAAGUGGGACUACGACAAGGGCCAGUGGAAGUGAGACGGGGGGCCACAGAGGCUCCUCUACAGCUAUUGAAGGCUUCUGUCAUUAAUACUGCUGAAGCCGUCCACAUGUAAUCACAGAUUAAUAAUAAAACAUUAUGAAAACUCA